AUGAAAUGCUAUAAUGCAGAAUCUGAACUUCAAACAACAAUAAAUUCAAAACAAUAUCCUUCUGAGAUAAAUAGUCCAUAAGUAGAGAGUUAGCCAAUUUAAUAGAAAAGAAAGAAAUGGAAUAGUGAUGAGAUGGCUAAAUAUUGUCCUAUUGAUAUUCCAAAUGCAUUUUAAUAUGAUAAGGUUAAUGGGCAAAAGUUUCAAUUAUUUUUAGAUGGAAAGUACUCUGCAAAUAAGUUGGUAAAGGAUAUGAAUGUAGUAACAAAAAGAAAAAGAUUAACCUAAUUAGAGUAAGAAUUCCAUAAGUAAAAGGAAGAGUAAUAAUUAAGAAAGGAAUUAGUUGAAAGGAGAUUUGCUAAAGUAAGAACAUUGAUUAAUUCGAACAUAAAAUUAAGAGAAGUAAAUAAAAUUAUUUAUCUUAAAUUUAGUCUUUGAAACUAGAAUCUAAUUUGAAAGGGAGUAGAAUGUUCUCUUAAUUGAAUAAUCAUAUAGUAGAUCAUAUAGCAAAGAUAAAAUCUAAAGAUUUAUUGACUGAUCGAAUAGAUGGAAUAAGAUAACAUGAAGCAACAAAACUUUAUGAUUAUAGUAAAUCUGGCAUUAAGUUAAAAUUUAACAAGAAAAAGAAUCUAAUUAAAUCUUAAACUUAAUACUGUUUGAAAUAAGCAGCCAAUUUAGAAGUUUAGGAUCAUGUUCAAUAAUACUUUAAAUAGUAACAUGAAGCUAUGCAAUAGAUUGAGUUGAAAUAAAAACGUAAGGCUAAACUUAAAAUUAUUUCUGAUAGAAAACAUCGUAAGUAUUUUACAGAAUUCGAUAUCAAUAUAUAAAAUAAGAAAGCACCUCCUUCCAUAAAGGAUGUAUAACUAUUUAAAUACAUACAUGGUUAAAUGUUGAUAGAAAAGUUUUAGUAAAAAUAAGAAGAUUAAAAGGAGUAUAAUAAUAAUACCACAAAAAGUCGAAAAAGUUAUCAUAUUCUUUCUAAUUUUGAAAAACCUUCGGAAUUAUAUGCGUUUGAUGAUUGUGAUUAAUCUUUUGAAUCAAUGAAAGAGAUGAAACUAUCUAAUUUAUAUGCUUAAAGUAUAGAAUUACAAUAAAAAUUAUUAUCUGAAAGAAAAAUAGUAAAUCAAGUUUAAUAAUCAAAAUAGAUAGAUUAAACUACAAAUUUGAUUUAGGUUGUUAAUAAAUAAAAACUAAAAUGA